GGCACUGGCUACUACCUACACACGUGUCUUAUACUUUUAUGCAUUGAAAAAUGGCUGGAUAUGACGAUCACUUGAUCGAUGAGAUGGACACAUUAGCAUUGUCCGUCAACGAUGAACUAGUUGUGGACGACAACAUCCGGGCACAGCUAAGAAAAAUUGAAAAAGAUUAUGAGAGCAUUUUCUCGUGGGACAUUCAAGGGUCAAUAGGAGUCAAUAAAAAUCAGAUGUCGAGCGUCAUUGAUAAAGUUCGGGAAAAGACACAAUUGUCUAUAGUCAUGGACGCUAAGGGUGAUGGAUUCAACUUAACUAGAUUUUAUUUACAACUGAUAGUUAGUUAUGAACUUUACAUUAGAAAAAGUUAUAAGGAAUCAUAUUUGGAAAUCGAAAGAGUUAUUAAAUUUCUGGAGACAUGCGCAUUUAAUGAGCAUAAACAAUAUGCUGAUGCUUACCACCAUAUUGCUCGAGCCACUUAUGCGUGUAUUGCAUUAAUGUUGCCAAUUGAUUCAGAAAAGUUACUGAAGGAUAUUAAGGAUAAGAACGAUUUUAAUGAAGCUGAGAAAUCUGCAGUUUGUGCUGUAAAAGCCAAAAUUUUUAUGGAGUAUUCCUCAAAAUUAAAUGAAAUUGCUUUAAUAUGUGCUGAUGAAGCCCGGACCCUUCAUUCUACUGAACCUGAAUGGACAUUCAUUUGGUUGAAAGCCAAAGGGAGAGUAAGACGUUUUAAUGAACCAUAUAAAAUGCCAGGGGAUGAUGAAAUAAAAGCUGCAGAUCUUUUAUGCUCAAAAAGAACUUCUCCUUUUUUUUUGAUUAAAUCUUCUCAGUUGUAUAAGGAAGCAGGAUUUAUUAAUAAACUGAAAAACAACUAUAAAGAAUCAGAUAAAUUUUUUAAGCUUUCGUCUGAUAUGGCUAAAAUAUCAGUGGAACUGGCCGGUGAUGAUGUAAAUCAUCUAAAUAUUCUUCUACUAACAUGUAUUGAAUGUCCUGAUGAGUGUUUUUCAAAAUCCAUGAUAGACAAUUUAGUUAUAAAACUGUCAAAUGUAAAUAAUAGUUGGGUGGAUCAAGUUCUAGGCUUAUAUUAUUUAAAAAAUAAAAAGGAUUAUGUAAAAGCAAAAAUGUAUUUAUCUCGUGGAAUGGCUUUUGGCCAUUUUGGUAGUGCAUUGCAGUUAAUUAAAGUAGAGUGCUUAUUGCAAUCUGUUAAACAAUUUCCUUUUGUGGAUACCUUAAAGGGAAUGUAUGAUAAUUUUCAAAACCAAAAUAGAAGACUAGUUAUAAUCGUACAAAUAUUGAUGUAUUACACACUAGUAGAAAAUAAUCCUAAACAAAUUUUGUGGUAUCUAAAACUCUACCUUGAUCAAGACAUUGAAGACAUAUAUAAAAAACGUACUUUAAUUUUUGCUCGCCCACUGUUUAAUGCAGAUAGAUAUUUCAAACCAAAUGAAUUUAUGAAUGUUCUAUUUGGGAAUAUUAAAGAAUUAAUGAACAACAAUGACUGGGAUAUAAACGAAAAGAAUACAUUUGAUGGUUUAAGUAAAAUAUUAAAACUGAGUAUUGAUGAUGAUGAUUUUAAUGAUAAAUCAUGGAGAAAACAAAAAGUUAACUUAUCAGAAAAUAAGCCUAAUGGAAGUCUUCAGAAGAAAAAUGAAUCUUGGAGAAAAAAGAAAGACUCAAGACAUGAAUAAUAUGUCAGUCAUCUAUCUGAUAGGUGAUUAAAUAAAGAUAAUUCAGUGGAAUUGAGGAUUAUUCAAAACCAGAUUCUUCUAUUCUUCAUUCAAAUUUUCAUACAAUUAUUUAGAUUUAACAAGACUAUGGACC